AACAGUUGAACGGAGUAUAUCAAACGGUAGAGUUCGUUAAAAACGUUAAAGCGGAUGAAAAACAAAACAAACAAAAAAUACAAGUAACUAAAAGAUACAAAAUUUAAAUAUUUAACAAAAUGAGUUAGUUAAAAACAAAUACAUAAUAACAAAACAAACAAAAAAUACAACAAUAAUAAAACCAUAAUGUUAAUAAAUGAAAAUUUUAAUGAAUCUUUUUGUAGAAGAUACAAAUAAUUACCUAGAACACCUGUGUAUCUAAGAGAUACAACAAAAAUUAGAACAAGUAAUUACCAGGAACAAAACAGGGUGGGUUAAUAAAAUUUGACAUGUGCAGCCUGCCAUUCUGGGUUUAUUGACAACAAAUCAAAAGCGGCAAUAAGAAAGUACAUAAAAGGAAUUUUUAGAAUUUAAAAGAUUCCCUUUGUUGUGUGUGUUUGUUAUCUACAAAUAAAUUUUUAUCUUUUAUUUGAAGAUACACAUUUGCUAAAUUUUAAGGGUUGCGGAUUUGUUUUUGCCUUUCUUUGUUAUUUUUCAGGACAAAUGACCUUUCAAGCUGUAAAUUGCUUUUAUGACUUUUUGACGCUUUACUCGUUCCCCUGAUUUUUUUUUUCUCAUAGUUGAUUAUUUGUUGUGAAUUUUAUACACUGCAAGUAGUUUUCGGUAUCCAACGGAUACAAACAUUUUUUGUUAUUUUUUGUUGUGUCGACCAAAAAAAAAAAAAAAAAAAAACACAGUUUAGUGUGCGUGUUAGAGAAAAAUUGUUUUCAUUCGUGGGGUGGUUAAAUAUUGUUCUAAAUUUAUGGAAACAAAAAUUUCUUUAAAUGCAAAAAAUUAAAAAAAAUCAAUACAGAAAUUUAAAGAAAAAUUGUAAAAAAUAUAAAUAUAUAAUAAAUAGUGUAUUUCUAGCCUUAAAAUUUAUUUACCAGAUACCAAAAUAAAAAAAAAUCUAUGUAUCUAAAUUAAAACAUCAGCAUUUACAUAAAUCACAACUAAAAUAGAAAAUUAUAAAUCAAUACUAAAAAGCAAGUGCCAAAAUUUAUCAUACUCAAGAAAUCAGAAUCAUAAAUAUAUUUUUAUAAAAACCUAAAGUGUAAUUGAAAAAAAUUUGCUUAAACAAUUGGAUAGCAAUCAUCUAACAUUUUUCAUCUAGAAUUUAUUACAGAUACAUUUUUGUAUCUGUUUAUUUCAUUACAUCUUUAAACUGCUUUAAAGAUUAAGUUCAAAUGUAAUCAGCAACAAAUAUGAAAAUAUCAAUGUCAACAAGUUAAUAAUUUUAUAGAUUUUUUAUUAAAAAGGGAAUUUCUGCAGAGGAUUAAUAUAAAAGACGGCAGAUUUCCAGAGAUUUUAAAGAUUUCAACUAAUACCCCUUUGUUACAAUUACAGUUUUAUUUCAACAUUGAAGUCAUCAUCUAUCAGGCUGAAUCAUGACAUUCUAUUGGUGGUCACAUUGGUUUUGGAUAACUGUAAUGAGUAAUCUCAUCUUUCCCCUUAUUGUGGUCGUACACACAUAUCCAAGUCCGGAAUCAAUACUCGAGUACAAUCAUCAACAAACAGAUAAUAACAAUAAAUUAGUGACCAGACUCUAUCAAACUUCAACGGUGACAUGGACAACAGACAUACCAAAUUAUGGGAAAAGCACAAUAGAGGAAAAAUUAAAACUACAAAAUGUAGAAGAACAAAAAACCAUAGAGCCAAGCGAUAACACCGAAAAUCCUCUAAAGCAAGAAAAUGAACCUACAGCGACCAACAAUAAUGAAGAAGAAGAAGGUGGAGAAUAUUAUGAUUACUUUGCCACAGAAGAUAAUCUAGAACAAAUGGAAAUGGAGCUAGAAAACAAAGAAAAGGAUACAAACUCAGAAAACAAAGAGGAACAUGCAGUAGAUGUUAAGAGAUCAGCUGAAGAAGAUAAACAACAAAGUAAAGCAGCAACAACAUUAGAUCCUAAAGCCGAAAUGAAAUUAUUGGAUAGCUCUACACCCGGAACAGUGGUAGAGACAAAUAAUUAUACCAAUUAUACCGAUAGCCAACAUAUAACCAGUACAAAUACAACUGCUAACGAGCAGUCAAAUGCAGCAUUAACAAAUACAACCACCAAUUAUAAAAAUACUAGUGAUAGUACCGCAACAAAUACAACAACACAAACAUUGACAGCAACAUCUUUGUCGUCUACAAACAAUGCAACAACAACAACCACAACCCAAUUACCACAGGCCCCAGCAACACCGAAAAUUGUUAAAGCCCAAAUAGGUAAUUUGGAUUGGUUUAAUACGGUAGCAGCCCAAUUACCACCGGCCCAUGUAACCACCGAUGUUACACAAGAUUUUAAUGACGAACCACAUAAAAUACCCUUCACUUUGGAAAAUGUCAAUAAACCCGAAGAUUUACGUCGCGAAGAAAAUGAACAUCGUUCACGUAAAUCGAAAGGUUUGUCGGCGGAAUAUAAAGUUAAUCGUUAUAUAAAUUAUUCGUCUGAUUCUAAGAAUCUAUUGACCAGAUCGGCGGCUACGACCGUUAAUGAGUAUGAAAGUGAGGAGAGAUCUGAAGCGUUAUCUGUACAGCGCGCUUAUUUUAUGGAUGUAGGUGCAAUAUCGGCAAUUUGUUUUACAGUUUUCGGUAUUUGUUGUACGGUGGGUACCGUGGGCAUUGUACUAUAUCGUCGUCGUUUCUUAAAUAAGCCGCAGGCAUUAAGUGAGCCGGACUCCAGUGUUUAUAUCGACGAUAGUACGAUGCGUGUUAGUGUAAGUACUGAUAAUUCCGAUGAAAUGUAUAGCCUGGAUAAUGAUUCAUUUUUGAAUUCAUUAGAGGCCAUGACAAUACAAAACUAUUGGACCGAUACUGUUAAACAUACAAAGCUUUAAAAAUAUGAUAAAGGACAAAAAUUCCUUUAAACAGAUUUAAUUAUUAUUUUAUGUUAUCUUAACUUUAAUUUAAGUUAAAUUAUUAAUUUUAAGUUAAUUAAUAAACAAAACACAAAAUACAUAAUCAUUUAAUUAGCAUUAAAUUGGUUUAAUUUAUAAUUUAUUUUUUUUUU